GCUGAAGUUACCAUUAGCAACUGGGCAGCGCCCGGUCUGGCGGCGUUGGCUGGGUACUUGCCAAUGAUUUUGAUUGAGGAACUCGACUGCAAAAAAUACAUGUGACGAUCUGACUUCCCAACAUAGAGAGGAUACCAGCAGAUUGAUGAAUUAGCAGUCGGGAUGUACGUGAGCGCCACCAUGACUUUGACGUAAAAGCUGGACCGAGCGGCGCCGUCAUGCUGCCAGGAGUCGGCGUGUUCGGGACAGGAAGCACAGCCCGCGUGCUGGUCCCCAUGUUAAAAGCCGAGGGCUUUGAGGUCCAUGCGCUCUGGGGGAAGAGCGAAGAGGAAGCAUGCAGCCUGGCAAAGGAGCUCGGUAUCCAGUUUCAUACGAGUCGAUCUGAUGACGUCCUCCUCCACCAAGACGUUGACCUCGUCUGCAUCUACAUUCCACCCUCAAUGACACGCCAGAUUGCUGUCAAAGCACUAGGCAUAGGCAAGAAUGUUGUGUCUGAGAAAGCUGCGACUGCUGUGGAUUCUUUCCAGAUGGUGAACGCCGCCAGAUAUUACCCGCAGCUGCUCAGCAUUAUGGGUAGCACCCUCCGUUUCCUGCCCACUUUUGCGGCGAUGCGGCAGCUGCUGGUCGAGGGAUACGUGGGCGAGGUGCAGGUAUGCGACGUGCGCGUGUACGGCCCCAGCCUCCUGGACCAGUCGUACGGCUGGACCUGUGAGGACCUGAUGGGAGGCGGGGGCCUGCACACAGUCGGCUCGGCCAUCAUCGACCUUUUAAGUUACCUGACCGGGACGCGGGCCCAACGCGUUCACGGCCUGCUGCGCACCUUCGUACAACAAAAUGACACCAUCAGAGGCAUCCGACGGGUCACCAGCGACGACUUUUGUUUUUUCCAAAUGUUGAUGGGGCCGUGCUCGAGCGGCGUGUGCUGCACCGUGACCCUGAACUUCAACAUGCCGGGGUCUUUUUUACAUGAGGUGAUGGUAGUCGGAUCCGCGGGGAGAUUAGUGGCCAGGGGGACAGAACUGUACGGUCAGCGGAACAACAGCAAAAGCGAGGAGCUGUUGCUAGGCGAUGGCGACUGGGCUGGACCCGAUGCGAAAGACAUACCUUUGCCCCAUCUCCGAGGGCUGGGGGCCAUGGUCAAGGCCUUGAGACAGUCCUUCCAGGCUCACCAGGAGCGCAGGUUAUGGGCCCGCGGGCCGGUCGCCACGGCGCCCACCUUCGAGGACGGCUUGUACAUCCAGACGGUGGUGGAGGCCAUAAAGCGGUCCAGCUGUAGCGGGGAGUGGGAGUGUGUGGAGGUCAUGAGUAAAGAACCCGAUCCCAACCACAACCUGUGCGAAGCGCUGCAAAGAAAUAAGAACUAAUCAUCAAACACUACUUGGAAAAAGUUCGGGUUACUCAUCUUUUGGGUGAAAUUUCAAGUUGAACUAAAAACUUCACAGGUGAACGCAAUUUCAGCUUCUCUAAACUUUUGUAUGCUCUUGUUCAACUGUUCAAUGUAUCAGGACUUUUUUGAACUGUUCUAACACACCAAGCGACGCGGUUCUCCCGGAAUUGUUCAAAUUUGGAAAAAUUUGUUUCCAAGUUUUGAUGGGCACAAUCCACUGACCCUGAAAAAAGAAACUAACAAAAGACAACAAACGUGAAAACGUGCUUGUGCCCAACGGUGGCAGCAAACUAAACUGUCUUCACUCUGUUAAAAUAAAUGAACAGUCACCUCAGUGCAUCACUUAAAAUUAAAUAUAUUAUAUUGCGCAAAAGCGGCUUUAACAUUGCCUAGAAGUGUGACGAGUUCCCUCUUGUCUGAGCUUCAACCUACACAACAUGGAACUAAAACCUAGCAGUCAAACUAGCAACUUCACAUCACAAUGGACUGGGACAAAAUUCACAAACGGCUCGCAGUACCGUACGAGUACAUAGUUGACCUAGUAGUGUGCAGAAAUGUUACACAGUAGUGGAAAAAGCCUACUAAUGUGCUGAAUUGUCUUCGUAGUGAGGACAGAUACUGAACUCGUGAAUGGACCUGAAACUAGUUUCAAGGGCCCCAUACAUACUAGUAGCAUACUUGCUAAUUAUGUAAAAUAUCUUGGAAGGAGAAUGCCUUGAUCUUUUAUCCCUUGUCAACAUCUCUUUUUGUUUUCUUCCCCCUCCCUGCCCAGAUGGUCGUAUUCCUUUGUGAUUAAAGGACGUAUAACUAAACGUUUCCCAACAAGGAGAUAAAACUAGAGCUUCUUAUGACAGAACAACGACAACAGACUGAAACAUUGAUCAACUGGACAUGACACUCAAAAGUUUAGAAGGACUUCGCUGUUUAAACACGAGCAAGGCAGCACCACGCGGAUGUUGAGACAUCUGCGGACUCAACAUCCAAAUGAGGCGGCGGCCAUGGCGGCUAAAAAACAAGGCCGGGGAACCACCGUUGCCUCCGG